AUGCUCCCACUGCAGAGCGACUACAGAGACGUUUGCAAGGUGCUGCUGUGUCUAACACAUUCAAGGUCACUCCCCAAGGGUCUUCAACUCCAUGCACACGUCAUCAAAUUAGGGUUUGAAGCUCUUCCAUUGGUGUGCCACCAUUUGAUCAACUUCUACUCCAAGACUAACCUUCCUCACUCCUCGCACCAACUCUUCGAUUCCUUCCCCCACAAAUCCGCCACCACAUGGAGCUCCGUCAUCUCCUCCUUCGCCCAGAACGACCUCCCCCACCUCGCCCUCCGCUUCUUCCGCCGCAUGCUCUGCCACGGCCUCCUUCCCGACGACCACACCCUCCCCAGCGCUGCCAAGUCUUGCGCCGCCCUCUCAUCCCUCCCCACGGCCCAUUCCCUCCACGCCCUCGCCCUUAAAACCGCCAACCACUUCGACGUAUUCGUCGGAAGCUCCCUCGUCGAUAUGUACGCCAAAUGCGGCGAAAUAAACCUCGCGCGCAAGAUGUUCGACGAAAUGCCUCAUAAAAAUGUUGUCUCCUGGAGCGGCUUGAUAUACGGGUACUCCCAAUUGGGUCUCGACGAUGAGGCUUUGAACCUCUUUAAAUGUGCUUUGGAGCAGGAUUAUGAUAUUCGGGUUAAUGAUUUUACGUUGUCUAGUGUUUUGAGAGUUUGUAGUGCUUCCACGUUGUUUGAGUUGGGGAAGCAAGUGCAUGGAUUGUGUUUUAAGACGAGUUUUUAUUCGUCCUGCUUUGUGGCUAGUUCGUUGAUCUCGUUGUACUCUAAGUGUGGGGUUGUGGAAGGGGGUUACAAAGUUUUUGAGGAGGUGAAGGUUAGGAACCUUGGCAUGUGGAAUGCGAUGUUGAUUGCGUGUGCUCAGCAUGCUCACACGGGGAAAACGUUUAAGCUGUUUGAAGAGAUGGGGUGUGUUGGGGUGAAGCCGAAUUUCAUCACGUUUUUGUGUCUGCUUUAUGCUUGCAGCCAUGCAGGGUUGGUUGAGAGGGGCGAGUAUUACUUUGGGUUGAUGAAGGAGCAUGGGAUUCAACCGGGAUCACAGCAUUAUGCAACCAUGGUGGAUUUGCUUGGUCGUGCUGGGAAGUUGGAGGAAGCGGUUCGGGUGAUUGAGGAAAUGCCUAUGGUGCCAACGGAGUCUGUUUGGGGGGCUUUGUUGACUGGGUGUAGGAUUCAUGGGAACACUGAAUUGGCUUCAUUUGUGGCUGAUAGGGUUUUUGAGAUGGGUUCUGUGAGCUCUGGGAUUCAUGUUUUGCUUUCUAAUGCUUAUGCUGCUGCUGGGAGAUGGGAGGAAGCGGCGAGAGCGAGGAAGAUGCUGAGGGAUCAGGGAAUAAAGAAGGAAACUGGUUUGAGUUGGGUGGAGGAGGGGAAUAGGGUUCAUACAUUUGCUGCUGGUGAUAGGUCUCAUGGGCAGACGAAGGAAAUUUAUGAGAAGUUGGAGGAGUUGGGAGAGGAAAUGGCGAAAGCUGGGUAUGUUGCAGACACGUCUUUUGUGUUGAAAGAAGUGGAUGGAGAUGAGAAGAGUCAAACUAUAAGGUAUCAUAGUGAAAGGUUGGCCAUAGCGUUUGGACUUAUUACUUUUCCUCAGGAGCGGCCCAUCAGAGUGAUGAAGAACUUGCGUGUUUGUGGUGAUUGCCACACUGCCAUCAAAUUUAUUAGCAAGUGUACUGGAAAGGUAAUCAUUGUUAGGGACAAUAACCGGUUCCAUCGUUUUGAGGAGGGAAAAUGCACUUGCGGAGAUUAUUGGUGA